AUGAUUGCUUCACUAAAAGACCUGACACCUGAAGAAAGUUCAGCAGUUUCUGAAGCUCCAUCAAGGGUCCAAUCUAUGUUUGAAGGCCCACUUAAUCGUGCAAAAGCUGAUGGACAGUUACACGGAAAUAAUUUAGAUGAAAGUGAAUGUGAAAUUAAACUGACGCUUUUUCAAGAUGGAUUUUUACUUGGAGGAAAUGAGUUUCAUAAGUAUGAUGAUAGUGAAUCCCAGUCAUAUUUGCAUAUGAUCAAUCGUGGACUUGUUCCAAAUGAAUUAGUAGCUUCACUUGGGAAUAAAUCGCCAGUAUUGACGAUUGUGAAUAAAUCAAAAGAAGUGUUUAACCCUUCACAACAUAUACAUUUUGUGGGGGAAGGCCAACAGUUAGAAGAAGCAAAAGCUAAAGCAGUAGAGCCUGUUAAUGCAGAAGCAGCAACAAUUGUAGUUGAUGAAAGUUUGCCGAAAGUGCAAAUACAAUUGAGGUUUCAUAAUGGGCAAAAGACAAGUAUUACAGUCAAUACGAGUCAUACGCUGAAACAAAUUUAUGAAUAUGUAGGGAAAGCUGCACCAGUUGAUGGGAAUUUUAAUCUUUUAUCAGGAUUUCCGCCAGCUGCUUUGACAGAUAUGGAUAAAACUGUAGAAGAGCUUGGGUUGCAAGGAAGUGCGGUCACUCAAAAAUUAAUAUAA